AUCGCCACCCCUUUCACCUCCAGAUCCAUGCCAGCGGCCCGAGUAGAGUCUUUCGCAUCGGCUUGGCUGUUUUUGAUUUGACGGCAUUUCAUUUCCCUUUUUCGCUCUCGUUUGGGUUGUCUUUUUGGGUUGUCAUUUCCGUCACUCCUUUAGCUGCUCCGGUUCCCGCUACGUCCCACUUUGCUUGACCGGACUCAAACCUCCCAUCUCUAUUCCAAACGAUAGCGGCUCGGGCGAAGCUUGCGGCUCGCAUAAUUCCAUACCCGGAGUGACGGAUUGGCUUCGUCAGACAUACUGGGGCUUCUUUGCUUGCUCACGCCAGGCAUCUAGCAUCAUCUAGUGUCCUCCGUUGAACGCCCCCCUCACAGCCUUCUCGAGCGACUGCUCACGUGGAAGCCAGGCCUCAUCUUGCUUGGUCCGCACGGAGACAUCGGGAAUUCCUCUCCUCCGAGAGGUAAUUCUAUGGCAGACAACAAGCGACACAACGUAGGAGCGAGAGCGUCGUCACAAGGAACCUCCGGUGCUGCGGGUCAGGGAAUGGCUGGAGCCAUGGUACCUUUGGAGGUCGCAUUGAGCGGUGCAAUUGGCGCACGUGUUCGCAUCAGCACCGCCGCACCUACCGUCUCUACCCUCGAAGGAACCCUCUUCACGGCUUGUCCUAUUACCAACCUGGUUGCCAUCAACACCGCCGAUGGUAAGCAAACGCAGAGCGGCGAUUACCACGUCAUCCCGGUGUCGCGGAUACAGUCCUUCCAGCUUCUUUCCCUCGCUCCGUCGUCCACCUCCCCCGACGGACCGUCUUUCUCCGACGCCGUACCCUCGGUUCAUGCGCUUGAUAUCCGUGCUCUGAAGGCUCGAGAAGCCGCUGCCGUCGGCAAGUUACAAGAGAACGAGGCGCGCCGGGGUAAGGGCGUCACACGCGAAGCCCAGGACCUUUUCGAUGCGUUCAGUCGCACAAUGCCGGCCCGGUGGGACGGCCCUAGUAUCAUUGUAGCGGAUGCCGUUGCCAUUGCUCCUCCAUACCGCGUCGAUGACUGUCGACCGCUGGUGGCGGGUGAUACGGCCGCUCUUGCUCGAGUGCGCAAGGUGCUUGAGAUGGAACGCAAGAAGAUCGAACUGCGGACUGCCAGCGCCACGAUUGGUACCACCAACACGUUCUCACGAAACUCCACCGCCAACAAUCCCAACCCGGCCUCAGGGCCCGGGGCUGCUGGACAAAGAAAGGGCGGUUGAACAGCGAUUUUUCUCCUUUCCCAAAUCUCUCCGCCGCACGAACCGCGCAACGGCUCUUGUCGGGUGGGGUGAAAACCAUCGAUUAGCGCCAGACUAGGAGAAAGGAGGAGGGAUCGAAAAAGACGCCUUCCUUGGCUUUGGUAUCAACUAUAUUGAAACAAUCUCGAUGCGGCUAGAGCUAAAAAAAAGGGGGGGAGGGUAAGACUAAAACCACAAGGCAGUAGCACGCAAUAUAAUGUAAGCGGGGUGAUGUGAUAGAUGCAAGCAUGAUCUUAGCCGGGGACGUCAUCUCUUUGACUUAUUCAUUACUUUUUCUCUAGUUCUGUGUUUUGACUGGGAAAUUCAAGCGACAAGGCAUGAUGCAGGAGUUGGCGGUAUGCUGGAUACAUGGGUCUCUCACUGUAUAAUUAUUCCACCUCAUCCCGGGGCGCAAGGCACGAUAUGAGCAGUUAUGGAUGGGUUGGAAUGAAAACUUGUCUGUUCGAUUUUCCCCGAAG